CGCGGACAGCCUCUGCGCCGAGCCGCCGCCCGAGCAGCGGGUCUGCGCUGCCGCCAUCUUAGGAGGUCGCCAUGUUCUCGUCCAUCGCGCCGCUCGCCCGGCUCAACCCCUUCUACGCGCCGCACUUCCAGCUGGUCCAGGAUGGGGCGAGGAAGCGCGCGGGGCCGGCGGAGGCUCCCACCACGCGGCGGAGCUUGGCGGCCGCAUCCGCCGCUGAAGAAUACAGCUGUGCAUAUGGCUCAGGGAGAUUCUUUAUGCUUUGUGGCCUUGGUGGGAUUAUUAGCUGUGGAACAACACAUACAGCACUGGUUCCUCUAGACCUGGUUAAAUGCAGAAUGCAGGUCGAUCCACAAAAAUACAAGAGCAUCUUCAAUGGAUUUUCAGUGACAAUCAAGGAAGAUGGUGUUCGUGGCUUGGCUAAGGGAUGGGCUCCAACCUUUAUUGGAUAUUCCAUGCAAGGGCUUUGUAAAUUUGGUUUCUAUGAAGUUUUCAAAAUCCUAUAUGGCAACAUGCUGGGAGAGGAAAAUGCGUAUUUGUGGCGUACUUCGCUAUAUUUAGCUGCAUCUGCCAGUGCAGAGUUUUUUGCUGACAUUGCUCUGGCUCCCAUGGAAGCUGCUAAAGUUCGUAUUCAGACACAGCCUGGAUACGCCAACACUCUGCGGCAGGCUGUACCCAAAAUGUUUGGAGAAGAAGGCAUCUGGGCUUUCUAUAAAGGUGUUGCUCCACUAUGGAUGAGACAAAUUCCAUACACAAUGAUGAAAUUUGCCUGCUUUGAACGUACUGUUGAAGCUCUCUACAAGUACGUUGUUCCCAAGCCACGAAGUGAAUGUACAAAAGGAGAGCAGCUGAUCGUCACAUUUGUUGCAGGCUAUAUUGCUGGUGUGUUCUGUGCAAUCGUUUCCCAUCCUGCUGACUCUGUGGUGUCUGUGUUGAACAAAGAAAAGGGCAGUUCUGCUUCCCAGGUUCUUCAGAGACUUGGAUUCAAAGGUGUAUGGAAAGGUCUGUUUGCUCGUAUCAUUAUGAUUGGUACGCUGACUGCACUACAGUGGUUCAUCUAUGAUUCUGUGAAGGUUUAUUUCAGACUUCCUCGUCCACCUCCACCUGAAAUGCCAGAAUCUCUGAAGAAGAAGCUUGGUCUGACUGAAUAGACAGCUCAUGGACUGACUAUGCUGGCUGUCUCAGUGAUGAGUUUCAUGAAACUUUUAUAUAUUUGACUAUGUAGAAAACAAACUCUAUAUGAUGUCAUUAUUGGCUCUGCCCUCAUGCCAUAUGAGGGUUUAAAUUCUGCCACUGUCAUUGCCUGAAAUAAAUGAGAAACAGAGUGCUUAGUGUCUGUUUACUACUGCGUAUGUAAGCUUCAUUUCAUGGCAGCAAAUACCUCAAAUAUUCCGCCACCCCCUCCCCCCCCAAAAAAAAAUUAGCCUAUUCUACGCUUCAAGAAUGAGAGAAAUGUAAAAUGAUUGUAACAAAAAUGAGCUUUCACUGUUUUACAGGGAAGUGCCAAGAACCUAUCCUUGCAGAACUGCAGAAACUAACUGCAAUUCAGUGCACUUUAGAGUCCACUGUUUUAUUUGCCUUUAAUAAGCUGUUACCGUAGAGUAGCUCAGCUCCUGAGUGGCUGAGAUGCAACUGCAGUCUGGUAGGGCAUCCUGGUCCUAAUAUUGGUGUUUUCCAUGGAGAUUAAAGGAACCUUAUACAUAAUAGAGCCAUUUUUGCUUUGGGGUGGUCAUCCCAAUGUAACUGAUGCUUACUUGACUAAUUUCUGCUUUGACUAAUUUCUGGCUUUGAACUGCACCAAAGAACUCGGUCCUUCUGGUUGUACUGUGGAAUUAAACAGUAGCUGCUACCAUAACAAAAGAGAAGCUGAUGUUUAUAAUAAAGAUUCUUGAGGAUAUCUGACCACUAAAAGCUUACUAUAGCUUUACAGUAAAAUAAAAAUGGCUUGCCUUUUAUUGUAAAGUUUGACGAACUGGUGAGCUUUUCCCUACACUUGGUACUCCUGUAGUUAGGGGAUUGGGGUUUUUUGUGAUUUCAUUCAGUUUUAAUGCUGAGUUUUGGUUGAACCAUGCCAUUCUGCACUGCAAGAAGCCAUACCAAUAUUUUUGGACGUUGAUGUGAAGACAUCUAGGCUCCUAGGCAUGCAAGAGGAGACAGUCACAGCAAUCUUUUGUUAAGGCCAUGAACGUGUUUUUUCUAGUCUUUUACAGAAAGAUGAGCAUGCUGCCUUCUGUGUUUUCCUGUUAAGAACCCACAGUUGGUAAGUUUCAUUGAGAAAAAGACAGAAAAUGCCUAGUAGGGUAAAAGGGUUCACUGCAUCCAGUGCUACUUUGUUCACUUAGUAGAGCUGGAGCUUAAGUGUCUUUUGUGCAAAGCUGUUUGGAUAUGCUGCCUUUCAGCAUUGGAGCUGAUGAUACUGAUCGUAGCUUGGCAUUUGCGUAUGUUGCACUGCUCCUUCCCCUUUAGUUGUGUCCCUCAGAGUCAGAAGGACAAUUAAAGCAGGUGCCCGUGGAGCGGCAUAAAUACACUGAUGGCUGCAUCUCACUCUGCAGCCUGAUGUUCCUGCUAACUUUUACACAGUGUUGAGCUUCCCACCCCCUGAGAAAACCUUCUGACUUCCAAGAUUUUGGAUCGUUAUGCCAAACAACCAAGCUGAGCCUUAUUUUGAAUUGUUGCCUUUCAAAAUGUGGAGUAAAAUCUAAAUCUGCUCUAUUUCCCUGUCACCGUGACACUAAUCACACUCCUAGAGUGGCUGAUACCAACUGCAUUAUACAGUGAGUCAGAUUCCCUAAAUCUAAAUAAAACAUUUGCACAAGUACUUUGGUGUUGAAUUAAAUAUAUUUCAUGUUAUAAGUAUGUACAUGUUUGCCCCAUUGUGAGUGGGAAGCUUUGAAAUUAUAUAACGAAUCAUUAAAUGCUCAUAAAAGUAUAUAGCCAUAACUAUGACUUGAUCUUGUAUCAAAACCAUUGGUGUUAAAUCGGCUGUUGAAGUUAACUUUUGUAUGUGGUUCAACUUGUUGAAACAACAGUAUCACUCUUGUGUACUGAUUAUCAUAGUUUCCUUAGAGGCGUAUUUUAAUUUGAUAGACUUUGCUUGCUGGAAAAUAUCUUGAGUUCCUUCUAAUACUGAGAGAGGGAAGCACUUCUGUCAGCUUUUAAGGCUGGAAGAAGAGCAUAACAAACUUGGCUUAUGGGCUGAGAUAGUCUGAUUGUCAAGUAAUCCAAUGAUAAGCUCAAUUUCUCAAGACUCUUACUUGUCAUUCUACAUCCAGAGCAAAAUCCUGCAUUUCAUUUUUUUUCCUCUGAAAUUGGGUCAUCUUUGUGUAUUUAAGUAUGUGCAGUAAUAAGAGCGUCUCAAUAUACAUUUUCUUACUGCUCAAGGGUAGACCUGAAACUAUCUUUUUACAGAUGCUCAGAUAAUUUUAUUGAGGUAGACCUGAGACAGGACUACUGGGGGCAGCUUAGCGGUUCCCCUUUUCUUCUGUAAUUGAGAAAGGGAAAAUAAUCUCUGUGCUGCUUCAGUGUUGUGUUUCAGUGGAAAAUCCGAGAGCGGGGAGGGGGGGCAGAACUGCCUGGCAGCUGCUGCCUCCAUCGAUGUUCAGCCAUAGGCUUGUUCGGCUGCUUGAGGUGAAGGGGUUUAACGUGUGUAAGAUGCCAAUUGCUUAAAGGGUCACCCACUCAUAUUUUGUAUAAGCUUAUGUGGGGAAAACUGCCGUAUUAAAAUGCAUCUUAAAAGGUCAAGUUUGCCAUUGAUAACUGAUUUAUAGCAUAAUGUGUGGUGCGUGUUUGGAAAGUGGAGAAGAUGGGGCAGGGGAGCAGCGGUGCUUUUGGUGGAUUUGUGCUUUCAUUGCAAGGAAGGUCCUGUAUCGAAAAGGAGCGCACCCUUUUGAAUCAAAUACAACUCGGAUAACUCCAGAGAUCACUAAACUCAAAAGUGCUUUGUAAAACAUGGAUCAUGUAUGUGCUGCUCAUGUAUAUUGUUUCAUGAAGGAGGAAAACGUCCUUUCUUGCUGUUAACUGGAGCUGAGAUCGGCUUUCUGAUUUAAAACGUGCUGUCCCUAUAACUUUGGAAUAACCACCCCAUUCACACCCUGUGUUUGUAUCAGGUUGUACUACAGAUCAAUUAUGCCGGUACUUGCUGAAAUGCUUGUUGCAUAUCAUUUCAAAAUGGGCUGUAAGAAUACAAAUAGUUGUAAUUUCAUUGGCAUUUCUACAUAGAAAUGAUGUAGUUCACAGUGAAAACAAUAAACAUCCUGCUUUUUUUAUAGCAAA